AUGAUAAAAUAUAUUUUUCCAUUUUUUUUAAUUUUAACUUUUUAUUUUUUAAAAUUAAAUGGUGAACUAAUAACAUUGCAAAUCAAUGCAAAUGGAAACAAUGUAUAUAAAAGUGGUGAUCAGUGUGGUAACUCAACAUUUACAUAUGAUGGUAUUUAUAAAAUUGAAAAUCAAUUAAUACUUUUUGAAUAUAAUAUUGAAAUUUCACCUUUAAAUCUAAACUCUAAAAAUGUAACCAUCGAUGGUACCUCAAUUUAUAACAAUAAUAAUAAUAAUAUUAAAACAUUUAUUACAAUAUCACCUCCUACAGGUAAUAUAGUUGAAUCCUAUAAAUCCCAUAGCAUUUUUAAAAUUAAUGGAAUUAAUUUCAAUAAUUUCACAUUUACAAUAAUUUACAUUUAUAAAACUUAUUUAAAUGUAGUAGGAUCAUUUGAAAAUUGUAAUUUUAAUAAUUUUAAAAGUGAAUUUCCAAUGUUUUACCUAAUUAAUAAUAAUAAUAAUAACAUAAUAAGUAAUUUAUAUUAUAAUAUAAAUUCAUCAUUUGCUUUAACGAAUUGUUCAAUGAUCAGUAAUUCAAAUAUAGGUUAUAAUUCAUCUAUAAUUAAUAGUAAAAAAUUCAGUGUACUUAUUUAUCGAUCAAAAUUCCAAUCAAUUAAUGAAUGUAAUAAUUUUGGUUACUUUUAUGAUAGUUCUCGAUUAACAAUUUAUAAUAGUUCAAUAAAUAAUAAUAAUUGUAAAAUAAUUUUCAAUAUAAAUAAAAUUAAUAAGUUAGAUGUAUUCAAUACAAAAUUUGAAAAUAAUAAUGGAACAAUAUUCAAUAUUAAAUUUAAUUCAAAUGAAGGUUUAAUUUCAAUUAAAAAUAGUAGCUUUAUCAAUAAUUAUGGUGGUAGUAUUAUUAAUUUAGAAUCAAAUAAUAAUAUUCCUUUUGAAAAUUUAAAAAAAAAUCCACAACUAUUUAGAGACUCUACAUUUUUUAAUAAUUCAUUCAAUGGAAAUGGAAGUAUAAUUAAUUCAAUUGGUGCUUAUUUUAUUGUUUCUGGUGAAUUUGAAAAUAAUAAAGCAUUAAAUCACCAAGGUGAUUUAUUUUAUUUACAAGAUAGUUAUUGUUUAAUAGAAGAUUCAAAAAUAAAUCAAGUUAAUAAUUUACCAAGUGGUAAAGGUUCAAUAAUUUAUUUACAAAAAUCAGAAUUAGAAAUAUCAAGUGGUAAUUUCAAACUAGAUGGUUCACUUAAAUAA